UCAUUAAGCAGUGCAGGCAACAACAGCAGCAGCACUGAGUGCUUUGUUCUGUCCUGUAAAAUAUCCCCAGCGUGGUUCCAUCCAUUCAGCUCUUAGUGACUGAUGUUUACUUUCCAUUCCUGCUGACUGUGCUUCCAGACAGUAAAUGGGGACCCGGUCAGCUGAGCAGAGGAUAUCCUACCUUGAGUCAUGCUGUGACGGGUCAGAUGACAGGCACUGAGUGAUGAAAACAAAGGGAAGCACAUAAUCUAUCCUGAGCCUAAAAAAAGAUAUCACAGCACGAACAUAUUUAAAGGCCUUUUUUUCAAAGCAGAUGCAUGGAUUGGCCUGGUAGUAGCAGGCUUUUUAGAGACGGGACUGCUGUUUUCUGCAGCCGGUAGUGCUAGGUGGCGAUGUAACUGGAAUGGAUGAUGUGUGUGAGAACUGUGCACAGGUGCUGUGGAACUACCUUCAGAUGCACCACCCCCUCGUUCAGGUUCGUUCAGAUGCACCACCCCCUCGUUCAGAGUGAUGUGAUAAUUGGCCUGGGCUGCCAUGAUAUUCGGGUUGCGGAGCGAUCGGCCAGCCUGUUCCUGGAGGGAUGGGCUUCCUGGCUGCUGUUUACAGGAUACCUGGGGAACCAGACUGCAGGUGUCUGGCAGCGUCCAGAAGCUGAAAUCUUCACUGAUGUUGCUGUUAAAAUGGGCGUCCCCAGGGACAGGAUAUUGCUGGAGACUAGAGCCACCAAUACAGGGGAGAACAUCAGGUUUUCCUAUCAAGUACUGAUGGAGCAAAGUAUUCCAGCUUGCAAGGUAAUACUGGUCCAACAGCCAUUCAUGGAGCGGCGGGUGUAUGCAACCUUCCUGCAGCAGUGGCCUGCAGAGAACACACAAGCCAUCGUCACCUCCCCUGCGCUCCAGCUCCAAGGCUUCCCCAACCACCAAGUGGGCAGCAUGCAGGACCUCAUCGGAUACAUGUUAGGUGUUCUUGAAAGAAUCCGGGAUUAUCCUCAGAAAGGCUUUCAGGUGGAACAGGAGAUCUCGUCUGAGGCUCUAGAUGCCUAUCAGUGGUUCUUACAAGCAGGCUAUAGACCUAAAUGAAGUGGCACAAGUUAAAGGAUUCUUCCUUUUCUGGUAUUAAUACUUUAUCUCAGGAUGAGAUGUGCUGCUGUUUAGAUCAAUGAAAUAGACCCUGUUAUGUCUAGAAAUGUGCUGCUUAACAUACUCGCACGUGGAAGGCUGAGGCUUCAACUCGCUGUCAAACUGCUGUUCAGGAUCAAUGCAAAAGAGACAUGCAGUGCUGUGCUGUAGGUGGGAAAAUGAAGCAUGCGACCCAGUCCCUCAUGCGUUCCGAGCACUUGUGAAAAUUAGAUUAAGUGUUAAGAAUCUCCUGCCUCAGUAUGUUUAAAACAUUACAUUCUUGUUGCACAAUGUCAGUGCUUUCCUGCAUCUAAAUAAUUUCAUUAACGGAAAAAAACCCCAAUAUGCCCAUGUUUAUUUAAAAAAAACUGUUUUGAAUAAAUUAUAUUCAACUGUUAAUGAGCAUCAUAAUUGGUCCCAUUGAAUCCUGCUGUAACCAAGGCAGCUGCUGUGUAUGCUAAGCAACUUAGCAGUAGGUCAGCUGCUCCUGGUGGGUUAGUCUCACUUAGCCCAUGCUGAGUGGUCUGCAACAUGCAGCUUGAAUUAUGCAGUCCUUCCAUAUGACUAACGUGUAGUUUUAAAACUAGGUGUAAAGUAAAUCACAAUGACAGAAAAGUGUGACUGUACAGAAGGAAGCAUCACUUGAAAGUGUGUCUAUUGAUUUAGUUUCUUCCAGCUUUAUCUUUGAGUUCUGAUUGAGUGUUUUGAAGUCAUAGCCGACAACCACAGAUAAAGUGUUGUAACAAAACAUGACAAAGUGAAACAGUGGAAAUGAAAUACUGUAUAGUAAACUGCAAAGUGAUUUACUGUUUAAUUUGUCAUUAAAUAACCCUUCCAGGCAGAA